AGCAGAGAAGACUGUUGGGAAACCGUGAUGACGACGAGUGGUCAACAUUUGUUUUAAGGGAUUUGUGUGAUGAUGAAGAGCGAUGGGAAUGUCGAAAUGUUCAUUGGAGGAUUGGUGAAACAGCAGCACGAGGGAGGACGUGAUAAAAGAUAACAGCAACCCCCCCCCCCUCCCCCCCUCCUGGUGUGUGUUCACUCCGUCGCCUGCCACCAUCCAAGGGAAAUCAUGGCGCUCCCAUUCAUCUUCCCUGCGCUCCUGCUGCUCUGUUCCCUCAGUGUUGCUGUGUGGUCAUGUCCCGAUGGAUGCCAAUGUAAAGAAGACCAAAUCUUAUGUGUUGGAAUCUCACGUGUUCCUCAAACACCGACGUCCACCACGGCCUUCUACUUGUCCAACUGCAGCAUCUCCUCCCUGACGCCAGAUGACUUCACUUCUCUGACCAACGCGUUAAGCGUUUGGGUUAAAGACUGUGUUUUGAGGGAGGUUCACCCUGGAACGUUUGAUUCCACUCUGAACCUCAAGGCCUUAGUGCUUACUGGAACAGAAUUGCAAGAUCUGCACGAGGACCUGUUCCGGAAUCUUCAGCAGCUUGAGACUCUGAACGUGAAUACCAACAAGCUCCUUGUACUUCAUCCAAAAUGGUUCUCCCCAAUCAAAAGACUGACUGCCCUUGAUCUGAGUCGGAACCAGUUGACCUCCAUACCUGAGGAAACCUUUCACCCUCUGACUGAGCUGGUGUACCUUUUGCUAGCAGGUAACAGUAUCGGUCAGUUACCAAGAGGGACCUUCAAAGGUCUUUCAAAGCUCAAGUACCUUCGGCUAAACAGAAAUGUACUACAGCAAGUCCCCAGCGGGUGUUUUGAUGACCUCAAAAACCUGGAGGAACUAUCCUUACACGACAACCGCAUCACUCAUCUCCAACACGACCUGUUCUCCAAGACGCCCAACCUCCAAAAGCUGUUCCUUUCCAACAACCAACUGAGAACUCUUCCUCAAGGACUCUUCCUGCACCUCCCCCUCCUGGCCCAGAUCUCCUUGUAUGAGAACCGGUUGGAGAGCUUGUCUUCUGGGGUGUUUGGUCCCAUGGCCCUGCAGGAGUUGUGGCUUUACGACAACAAGCUGAGUCGAGUCGAGGACGACACCUUCAGAAACCUGACGCGGUUACAACUCCUGGUGCUCAGCCGCAACCGGAUCGGCCACGUAUCCGCCGAUGCCUUUCGAGGGUUGGAACAGAUCGGUGAAAUAUCCCUGCACACCAACCUGCUCAGGAACGUACAAGCUGGGACAUUCCGAGGUCUUCCCAAGCUGAGAAACAUCUCCUUGGAGCACAAUUUCAUCACUCAACUGCCUGUUGGGUUUCUCCAAGGUCUGAGCCACCUGGGGCAGAUAGACCUGAAUAACAACUCUCUUCCCAACCUGCCGCAGGAAACGCUGGACGCCAUCUCUGUGGCAGAGGAGAUACUGCUUCAUCGGAACCCUUGGAGGUGUGACGAGGACAUUGUGCCUCUGAGGAACUGGCUGAGAAAGCACCCAACCAAGACCAACCAAAGCCAAGUGAUAUGCGACACGCCCUUGGGCCUAAGCGGGGAGGUCAUUGCCAUGCUGACGGAGGAGGACUUGAACCUGAAGAGUUCCACGCAGCAAACGCUACUCACCUCAGAGGACUUGCCUGCCGUCAAGACCACGUCUUCCACAGAGUCAGAAGCGGUCACAAGAAGCGGACACGGGGAAGAGGGGCAAAUCUCCGGCCGUACUUCCAUCAUCCUCAUCGCCAUCGCAGUCGUCGCCACGGCCGUCAUCAGCGCCGCUGUCAUUGGUUGUCUAUGCUGGAGAAGGAAGAGAAAAGGAAGAGGAGAUAUUGGACAUCGGGGCAGGAGCUCUGUGCUGUAGACGCGUGUACAGUCUCACAAGUGCCUGAUGUUUUUGUUUUUUUUGCAUUUUAAAGUGAUCCAUAUUCAACAUCAAUGUUUAUUAGGUACCUUCAACAACCUGCAGGCCUGAAGUACCACAAACAGGAAGUGACGUCUAGGGUUUAAACUUAUAUUUUAGCUCUGCAUCAAAAGUAGCCUCAAUCAAUCACCUUUUCCGGUGGGUUUGUCACUUCAACGUCACUUCAUGUCACUGGUGUGUGUUUGCGUGAUUGGCAGGAAGGAAAGAAAACAAAAGAAAAGCAGAAGUUUGGCGCCACCUGUUGGUCUUCGUGUGUAACUCUCGAGAAUUUGAAUCGAAGAAUUACAGACGUUUUUCGAUGGAAUGAAUAUUGUAUCCAUCACUGAGUAGAGUUUGUAACUUCAACUCGAAACUGCUGAACUUGUGGUGGAAUUCAACUUCAAUUUGUUGACUAAAAUCGGAGGUAUGUACGACAUGGCACACAGGGCCUGUCGGGAAAUAGCAGUCUAUGAAUGCAAUGGCGGCCAUGAGCUAAUAUAACCUUUUCAUGUAUAACAGUCAAGGACACUAAAGAAACACUAACUGCCACAUGAACGUUGAACACACGUAUAUAUUUUUAAAGUAUAUUUUUACCUUACCGGCCUACAAAGAAUAAAUAGAAGGUUACUGCUUUGAAACGCUUAAGUUCUUCUUCUCCGUAACUGAAGACGAUUCUCGUUACAACACUGACACCUGCUGGUCAUUUAUUAUAACGCAUCAAACAGCACUCAGUGAACAGACAAACCGAUACCAAGGUUAAUAACUCGUGAUUUAUUAUAAGAAUAAUCAUAUUAUUUCAAAUAUUAUUCAUUACUCACUGUGUCAGUUACAUACCAACUCGAAAAGAUUUACUUUGGAGAUUAUUGUAGCGUGGCUGGGAACACUUCCUGGUUCCCAGCGUGCUUUGCGGCACCGUUGAUGUAAAUAGUUCUUCAAUUUGUAGUUUGAAGUCGCAUAGUUGUUUAUUGUUGGUCUGAUCAACAUGUAAAAGUGUGUUGUGUGUUUUUAUUUGUCUGUUGCGUUGUUUUGGGAUGUUUUGGGGCUUUGUUGUUGGCACACCAUGACUGAAAAAAUCAUUUGGUGGAAUCUGAUGGGCUACGUGUUGAAUGUUCUAAGCUAGCUUCUUAUUCAGCUCUUAAAGUUAUAGCCUCCUCUUUUACAAGACCCUUUAGCACCACAAUAAAUUCUAUAAUAGACAUUUUUUUUUAUUUUAUUUUGGAUCCUAUUGAAGAUAAUGCACUAUUUGGUGUAUAUUUUAAGCAUUUCUGUGUCUUAUU